AACAUCGUAAAGUGUAAACAUUUGACAUUCAAUGAUAUAUUUUAUGUGAACCUUAUUGCUAAAAGUAUACAAAUAUUUAAAACGCUCCGGCUAGACUAUUUCAGAUCAACUGUAAAUAUUGUUUUUUAUUAUGGCUGGAGAUAAACCUGAUGACCUGCAUUCUCAAAUACAAAAAAAUUGCUACCCAAUUAAUAGAAUGACUGAAGAAAUUACAAGUUAUUUAGAAAAAACUGGUGUUAUCGCUCAAAUAACUGACGUUCUAAGGUUGUUGUACGAAAUGGAUGAAAAACCGGAUGAUCCUCUUGAAUUUAUGCGUACGAACAUGGCUGAAGUUAUCCCAGAAACGAAGGAAUUAACAAAGUUAGAAGAAGAGUAUAAUGCCGUAAUGCAAGAGAUUAAUAAACUUCAACAAGAGAACAUAAGUAUGACGAACAGGCUAAAGGAAUUAGAAACAAAUCAAAGUGAUAAUAUCGCAGAAAUGAAUUCAAACGAAAAUACUGUUACUGGUUUUAGCGAUAAUGAUAUGAAAAUGCAAGGAAGUGCUGAAAAAAAUAAUUAAAAAUAUAGACUUGAUUUUUAGUAUUUUUGUAUCGUUUGUUAUUACCAAAAUUCUUUUAAAUAAGAAAUAAA